AUGGAGGUGAUGCCAGAGAUUGCUUGUGUCAUCAUCUUUUUUCUGCUAUAUAUUAGUUCUUCAUUGUUCUUCCUCUACAAUCCUAAUAUCAUCCACAAGAAGAAACGUCUAGCCUUUUUCUGCAGACACAUCUCUCACAGAGGAGGCGCUGGUGAGAGGAUAGAAAACACUUUGGAAGCUUUCACACAUGCUGCUACCACAGGAACUGAUAUGCUUGAGUUAGACUGUCACCUGUCCCUGGAUGGUCAAGUGAUUGUAUCACAUGAUGAAAACCUACUGAGACAGACAGGAAGUGAUGUUACAAUAUCGUCGCUUAAAGCACAGGACUUGCCUCUUUACAAAGAGAAACUUGAGGUCACUUUUGAUGUUGAUCACUUUAGCUCAGGAAAAGACAGGAGGUUUGCCCUAUUGGAGGAAAUCUUCAAGAAAUUCCCUCGAAUGCCUGUCACCCUUGAAAUAAAAAAGAAUGACAGUGUACUGGCAAGAAAGGUCUCCUCCUUAGUGAGACAGUAUGACAGAGAGGACAUCACUGUUUGGGCUACUGGGGAUUCAGAUGUCAUGGCAAAAUGCCGGAAAGAGAACCCAAACAUGCCUUUCAUGUUUACUGAAAAACGGGGGUUCCUCCUUCUGGUACUGUACUAUACCGGGUUGCUACCAUUUGUACCCUUGGAGGAGAGUCUUCUGCAGUUUUAUUUCCCAAGAGUUUUCAACAGAACAUACAUUGCAGAUGAGUGGUAUUUCAGGAAUAAGGUUACAGUGUAUCUUAUUGAAAAGCUGACCAUGAGAAAGACUUUGUUUCAUCAUUUGACCAAACGUGGGAUUCAGGUCCAGCUGUUUGUUUGUAAUAGAGAGAAUGAUAUGGAUGCUGCUUUUAAAGUGGGAGCAACAGGGCUUAUGACUGACUAUCCAACCCUACUAUCAAAGUACCUCCACAAACAUCCUCCACCUGAAAUCAAAUAACUUAUACU